CGAAGCAAUCGAAAAGCCACAUUCCCACACCAAUGCCUCCACGACUCUCCUUAUCUACGGUCCGGUCAGUGGCCUACCGGACCAAAUCUUCCAUUCCUCAAAAGCGAUUCGCACAAUCCACGUCCCAGCAACGAUUCGCCAGUGACGACGCCUCCAAGAAGCAACCCGCAACCACCGAAGUAGGAUCCAACUUCAAAGGAGCGACCCAGAACCCCAUGCCACAUGUAUCUGAGGAACAAGCCGCAAUAGACAAAAUUACCGGGGAGACGCCUCCGGACAUUGAACAAGGAACACCCGUGCAGGAGAUCCUUGCUCGCGACAAGGAAGCGCAAAAGAACGCACCCGAUGUAUUGAAACAAGACCUCAAGAACAAGACUCCAUCUGGAUCUAGAUCAUAUUCCACCAGUGCACGUAGGUCCGCCUCGACCGAACUGGCGCAAUUCGAAACCACACAGGCGGUCGGACUCGAAUACCCCGAUGCAGGACUGGGACAUAAAUUCCCUUUGCCAGAUGUGUCCACGUGGACGAAGCAGAAUCAUCUCAAACACCGCUAUGACCCCGUGCUCACACAGUUUACAAAGAUGAUCAUGAGGGAUGGCAAACUGAGUAAAGCACAACGGACCAUGGCCGACAUGCUCGACAUUUUACGAACCAGCCCAUCGCCACAAGCCAGCAAACUAGUCAGCCCGAUUCCACAAGAAACCCUCUCCCUAUCGCCUCUCCAAUACCUAACAUCGACCAUCGACAGCGUCGCUCCAUUGGUCAAAGUCAAGCAAAUCAAGGGUCAAUUGGGAGGUGGUCGAUCCAUGCCCGUACCACAGCCUCUUCACAUUAAGCAACGACGCCGAGCCGCCAUUAAAUGGAUUCUCGAUGCUGCUGAACGUCGUCGCGACGUCACACUUGCCGAGCGUAUUGCAAAGGAAGUUAUCAAUAUUGCCGAGGGCAAGAGUGGCGCUUGGGAUCGUCGCACUUUACUUCAUAAAAUGGCAAUUGUCAACCGUAUGAAUAUUCGUAUCGGUUCAAAGGGUGGACGGAGAGUCUAGUCGAGUCUAAAGUCUGAGAGCUGGGGCUUGGUGCUCGGUCUGUCAUCAAAAUCAUCAUCAUAAGCAACAGCAGCAGCAUCGUAACAUAUAUAUCUGUACAAAAUACACAAUACCCAAACCAUCUACCUUUUCGGCAAUCAAUCCCCCA